AUGGCAGCCAAACUAGGGGAAAUACAGACCACGGCAAGUGAUGCAUGCUUGCAUAUUAACAUUGGAAAGACCAAGGUAAUGCGUUUAAAUACCACCAACUACCAAAAGUUUCAAAUAGACAACGCAGAUCUUGAAGAUGUCCAAUCGUUUAUAUAUCUGAGUAGUGUCAUAUCGGCAACAGCUGGCUCGCGAGAAAAUAUUACAAAUCGCAUCAAAAAGGCAAAUCAAGCAUUUGCGGCACUGCAAAAAGUAUGGAAAUCACCCCAAAUUCAUCUGAAGACCAAGCUCCACCUCUUCUCAUCUAACGUGCGCUCCGUCCUGUUGUAUGGCUGUGAAUCCUGGAACACCACAGCUAGCGACUUGCAAUCCUUGCAGGUAUUCAUUAAUCGCUCGUUACGAAAACUGCUCAAGAUAUUCUGGCCGAAUGUUAUCUCAAACAGAGACCUGUGGGAAAGAGCAGGUGAAACACCAAUACGUAACCAGAUAAUCAUUCAUAAAUGGAGUUGGAUUGGCCAUGUUCUCAGACGCACCAACGACAACGUAGCUAAGAUGGCAAUUGAUUGGAAUCCCCAGGGCAGUAGAAGAAGAGGCAGACCCGCUAACACCUGGAGGAGACAAAUAGAGACUGAAGCAAACUUAACUGGAAAGUCUUGGGCCGAAGUGAAGCUAAUAGCAGAUCACAAUGGAAAAACUUUGUUGUGGCCCUUUGUUCCACCUUGGAACCAUAGGAAUCAAUAUAAUAUAUUACUUGAGAUGAAAAAUGGAUCCACUACGAUAACCUGA